UCAGUUUUUGUGCGUUGAUCAGUGGGCGCACUUUGUACGUAGUAGCGCAAGUUUGAUUUAAUUAUAAGAGUUUUUAAGACUGACGAUCAGUCUUAACAUUAACAUGCAAUUAUUUGUUGUUACAUUAUUGGCCAGUUUGGCGCUUUGCCACUGUGGCGUCAAAGAGGAAAUCACAGCUGCUGAAUACCUUAAGAACCUUAAUGCUGAAAUCGCCAAACGUACCAACUUGGAGACUGAGGCCUCUUGGGCUUAUGGUUCUAAUAUAACCGAUGAAAAUGAACGCAAGAAGAAUGAAAUUUCCGCCGAAGUAGCCAAGUACAUGAAGGAAGUUUCCCUGGAUAUUCAAAAGUUCAAUUGGCGCACCUACCAAUCGGACGAUUUGAAACGUCAAUUCAAAAUGUUGUCUAAAUUGGGUUAUGCUGCUUUAUCCGAAGAAGAUUAUGCUGAGCUAUUGAAUACUUUGUCUUCUAUGGAAUCGAACUUUGCCAAGGUACGCGUUUGUGAUUAUAAGGACGAGACCAAGUGUGAUUUGUCUUUGGAUCCUGAAAUCGAAGAGGUUAUUACCAAGAGCCGUGAUCCCGAGGAAUUGAAAUACUACUGGCGUGAGUUUUACGAUAAGGCUGGUGCUCCCACACGUACCGCUUUCGAGAAAUAUAUUGAAUUGAAUACCAAGGCUGCUAAAUUGAAUGAAUACAAAUCUGGCGCAGAAAUGUGGUUGGCUGAAUAUGAGGACGAUACCAUUGAACAACAAUUGGAAGAUAUUUUCGAAGAUAUUAAACCUUUGUACCAUCAAGUUCAUGGUUAUGUGCGCUAUCGUUUGCGUCAACACUAUGGUGAUGAUGUUGUUUCCGAAACUGGUCCUAUUCCUAUGCAUUUACUGGGUAAUAUGUGGGCUCAACAAUGGUCUGAAAUUGCCGAUAUUGUUUCACCCUUCCCUGAGAAGCCUUUGAUUGAUGUUAGCAACGAAAUGGUUAAACAAGGUUAUACACCCUUGAAAAUGUUCCAAAUGGGUGAUGAUUUCUUUACCUCCAUGGGUUUGAAGAAAUUGCCUCAGGACUUCUGGGACAAGAGUAUCUUGGAGAAACCCACCGAUGGUCGUGAUUUGGUUUGUCAUGCUUCUGCUUGGGACUUCUAUUUGGUCGAUGAUGUGCGCAUUAAGCAAUGCACUCGUGUUACUCAAGAUCAAUUCUUCACUGUUCACCACGAAUUGGGUCACAUUCAAUAUUUCUUGCAAUACCAACAUCAACCUUUCGUCUAUCGUACUGGUGCCAAUCCUGGUUUCCAUGAAGCUGUUGGUGAUGUUUUGUCUUUGUCUGUCUCUACUCCCAAACAUUUGGAACGUGUUGGUUUGUUGAAGGACUAUGUGCGUGAUGAUGAAGCUCGCAUCAAUCAAUUGUUCUUGACUGCCUUGGAUAAGAUCGUCUUCUUGCUUGCCUUCACCAUGGAUAAAUACCGUUGGGCUUUGUUCCGCGGUCAAGUAGACAAGUCCAACUGGAAUUGUGCCUUCUGGAAAUUGCGUGAAGAAUACUCUGGCAUUGAACCUCCAGUAGUACGUAAUGAAUCUGACUUUGAUGCCCCCGCCAAAUACCACGUCUCUGCUGAUGUUGAAUAUUUGAGAUAUUUGGUCUCCUUCAUCAUUCAAUUCCAAUUCUAUAAGUCUGCUUGCAUUAAGGCCGGUCAAUAUGAUCCCACCAAUCCUGAAUUGCCUUUGGAUAACUGUGAUAUCUAUGGUAGCUUGGCUGCUGGUGAAGCUUUCGAAAAAAUGUUGUCCAUGGGUGCCUCCAAACCCUGGCCUGAUGCAUUGGAAGCUUUCAAUGGUGAACGCACUAUGACUGGCAAGGCUAUUGCUGAAUAUUUCGAACCUUUGCGUGUCUGGUUGGAAGCUGAAAACAAGAAGAAUAAUGUUCAUAUUGGUUGGACCAAAUCGGAUAAAUGUGUUUCAGCAUAAUUUCCUCACGUGGUAGUCUUAACUUCCAAACUAUUUUAAACUAUUUAAAGAUUUUAUUAAGCACUUAAAGUAUACAUUUUUGUUAUUAAAAAAAACAGUAUUAAAAUAAAAAGAAAUUCAAAAAAAAC